GUUUUGGGGGCCCUAGGUGCUGGGAGUUGCAGUCCCCCUGUGGUGCCAGGUGCUGUGUCGUGUCCUGGCUGGGCACUAGGGGGCGGUGUAGCGCAGAGGGGAUAGGCCCAGUGGUCCCAGUCCAGGUCCUGGUGUUCCCGGUGUACCAGGUGUGCCCGGCUCCACCCCGGGGGCUGGAAUGCGGAAGCAGCGGGUGCGGGAGGAGGAGCCCGGGGAGACAGAGCAGGGAGAUACCCGGAGACAUAGACAGAGCCCGGGACACGGGGGGAGACCGGAGACAUAUCCCCGCCGGGACACGUGGAAGUUGCCCGGAGGCCAGUGAUUUGGAGAGGAUAGUGCAGCCGGUGCCGCGGGCUAGCAGUGCCAGUCCCACCAUGCCACCCACCCUGUGAGCCAUGUCUGCCGAGACCGCCCCACCCCCGGACCAUGAUACCGUGCCCCCUGCCCCGGACCCGGGCACUGCGGAGCCCAAGAAGAAGAAGCACAAGGCGGGCACUCUGCGGCGGGCACUGAGCUGGCUCCGCGGGCGAAGCAAGAAGAAGAAGCCAGAGGUCAAACAGCAGCAGGAGGGCAAAGGUAACGGGCACCUGCCACUAGUAAUGCCAAGUACUGUACAUACUGAAGGUGAUAAUGCCAUCCAUAUGUACCUACACAGCCCUGCCCUGUGUUUAGAGUGCGCAGAGAAAGUUCCCUGCAGGCACACUCCUUUAGUUUAAGCAAUGACCAAUCAACAAAUAUACAACUCCUAUUAUGCUCUGCCAGUUAGGCUAUCAGGAAAGUUGUACAUUUGUAAUAGUAAGGCUUUACCUCGUUGAAAGCCCUUGUUGUCAUAUUGUUACAAAUGGCCUCUUUGCAAAGUGAAACAGGUUGAGCUGCUUUCUGAUGGCAUGUGUCUGGAAUUAUGUAUAAUUCAGUUCGGAUAUGUUGCCCUGGUGGCAGGGAGAGUUGAUGAUGUAUGAGCAGCAUAUGUUAAGGCAGGAAUGAUACAGAAUGCAACUGCUGCAGAACCUCUUGUGUAUUAGCAAUGUUCCUUUCGAUCAUUCUGGACCUUAUUUCUAAUGAAAGACAAUGGACUUUGGCUUUAGUGUGCAUGUCAGUCAGAUAUGGGACAGAUCUGUACUUUGGAGCUGCACUCAAGAAUUUGAGUGGAAGGCUGCCAUUGUUUUUGAUGUUGAAAUUAAGGUCACUGUUUAAUCGAUGUGGCAAAGUUAUAUAAUGCAUUCCACCUUGCAAAUAGGGAUGGGCGACUAGUUGCAUUUCAGGUUCUGCGGACUGCAAUUAUCAUCAUGCAUGUCCAAUCUUUGUCAAAGUUUUACAGAUGUAUUAUAUAGCAACCAUAUGUACAGUUAUUUUGUAGAGUUUUAGAUCUUAGAGGAAAUUAUAGUCAAGUGGGGUUUUGAAACACACACCAAGAUACAUGGGUAUUCCUGUUUAGACUUAGUAUAGAAUUAGUUUUCAGACCUUCGCAGGGUUAUUAGCUAAACUCUGAAGUGAAGCAAAUUUUUUUACAAUUUGAAAAAUUAGACAAAAACGUCUGAUCUUGAAAAAAUCUCUAAUUCGUCUAUAGUCAAAGCUUUGCUAUUUCUUUUUCCAUUCUCUACAAUUCGGAGUUUAGUGAAUAAAUACUUAAGUGAUCAUUUUUAUUACUUGUUAUAUUUUUUUUUUUCUUCUCAUAGGGCUUUCUGAAUCGGGUUCCUUUAAAUUAUUAAGCCCCUGUAUGUUUUUUGGGGGUUUUUUUUAGGUCGUGAAAUAUUAGUUUGCUUGCUGUUACAUGUUAGUUUGUGUGCUGGUUCAUAUUACUGUACAUGACUGUACGUAUUGCUUGUCACGUUGCCAUAAAUUACUUUACUAUUUGCAAAAUACAGCUCUAUAUUUUGAUAUGCAUUAGUUUAAGUGGUAAUCAAUAUGCAUUACUCAUUUGACUUUAUUUAUAUUUCAUGUGCGCCCGUAGGUGGUUAUUUAGAAAAGCAGUUCUAAAACAAAAAUGGAGCAAUCGGCAGGAACAUUGUGCUGGUUUCUAUGGUGAUUGCUUCACAAUUGAACUUUAUAAAUAACCCACCUAACUUAGCAUCUAGGUAUAGACUUAUUUGGCAUUCAUUACGUAUAGGUAGAUGUAAAUGCAAAUCCAAAUAAUGAGUAUUCGUUAAUAAAAGAAUGUCUUCAAUUUCAACUUUUGUCCAUAGCAGCUGGUAGCAAGGCCCCUAGGCAUGUGUCAGGCCUCAACUCAUUGGAUUUUUACACAAUACUAAUUUGUAGCACACUGAGCUAUAGAGAUACUUUCAUUUUUUUCCUUAUUGGUAUUUAGAAGGAAGGGAGAGAUGCUUGAAAUUAUGUGUGUUCAAAUCUGUUUGACACAAGCAACACAUAUUUAAAGUUUGUUUCAAAAUAUACUCCUGUAGGAGUUUUCACCUAGUUUACAUGGUGUAUUGGGUUAUUAUAAACUGUGCAUAAUAUUGUUCUUGGAGUUAGCUGUUUUUGUCAAAUUAGGUACCCUGCCUUUUAGUAGUAUUAGAUUAUCAUUGGCCUUAAUGCGUGUGUUUUUGUAUAUUUGAAUUUUAAAAUUUUUAAUAUUAAACUCCCUCCCCUACCCACUCCCUUUCUCAAUUAACAUAAGUAAAACCACUUCAUUCUUAUGCAGGGUACGUUUCUUUCUUCUUCUUUUUUUUAUUUUUAAUUAUUCUUAUUUUUAUUUAUUUUUUAUAGUAAUCUUUGGCUGUGAUGGGGUUGGUUAAGCAAAGGUUUGCUCUACAGUUGCCACGGUAAUUGGGCCACAGACCAUCAGUCAGAAGCAGGGAUCUCAAACUCUACCCUCCUAGAUGUUGAUGGCCUACAACUCCCAGAAUUAUUUGAGUGCAGUACAUGGCUAAAGAAUCUUGGGGGUUGUGGUUCAAAAACAUUUAGAGGCGGGUGAAGUUUGAGAUGCCAGGUCAAAAGAAUCCCACAGAAGGACUGGGGACAACAAAAUGGCUGUGCCCAGGUAUUGAGCAUUGGCACAAGUAAGAAAAGUUAAAAAUAAAACAGGCAACAUGUAUUACUGUAAAGUGAAAGUUUACAGACAGCGUUUCCAUCAGGCACCCCAGUUGAACAACUACAACACAUUUGAUGAGUUGCCUGUCUUAUUGUUGGCAGAGAAUCAUGGGAGUUGUCGAUAUGAAAGUCAGGACUACUGAUUGGAUGGCCACCCCCUUGACUUUACAGCAUACAGUAGACAUUGACACAAAGAAGCAGAGAUUUUUAUGUGCUCUGUUUGUAAAAAUCCUGCUCAUACCAGUAUUGUGACCUUGGUGUGAUAGUAGCAAUGGUAAUGGUAUCUUUUAAAUGCAUUCCACUGUGUAUGUAUAUGGCGUUGGCUAUAUAAGUAAGUAGACAUUCAGCAGAAGUACAUACAGUGCACGCAUGUCAUUGUGCAUAUGUGAUAUGUUUUUGAUUCCUGCCUGUUUCCUAUAUUUUUUAACAUGACACACAAUCACUUUCCUUCCUGUAUGUGUUACACACCCUUUUUCCCGGAGCUGUGUGUCACACUCUUUGGUGAUAUCAUGAGGCUGAUCUGCUAGAAUAUGUUCCUUGCUAACCACAAUAUAUUUUUCACUCAUUCAAAGUCACUUUUAUGAUAUACCCGCAUAUGUUCUUGUGUACUGGAAUUGCAUGAUACUCUCUUUCCAGCAUCUAUGUACUGAGUUUGUUUAGUGAUCUUCAGAUAACAGAGUUUGCAAUAUGCGGGUUGUGUAAUAUUGCUAGGGUUAGAUUCUAUUUACUGUAUUCAAACUAGUAUACAGUGUUCACCUACAGAGAGUUAAUUUAGUUUCUUUGCUACUUGCAUGGAAUUUCUAACCUCCAUCAUGUGCAAACAUCCAUACUAUAAUUUAAUUCUUGGCCUGUUGGCUAAAGUCACCAGAUUAGUGUGUUUGUGUUGUGCUUUUUUUUUCUUUUCUUUUAAUAAAGCAUUUUAAUUAUAAUGAGCAAACUAUAACAAAGACCCCCUCCCCAUUAAUGUGAAGUAGCCACGCAGUAAAUAUUUUUUCUAUGUCGCAGAAUACAGCAUGGUUUGGUUGGUUUAUAGUUGUUGCGGCCCUCAAGGCCUAAAAUUGCUAACUCUCAUUAACUGUCUGUUUCAAAACCCUCAUAAGAUCAGCCUGACUCAGCUGUAACAUGUCUGUGUUUGCAGGGUAGCUAGAGAAAACCUUACAAAGUACAAAGGUGGCUACGUUCUUUCAGAAUGCCACAGGGCUUGCUAACAUUCCUUGCUGUUUGAGAAAUGGGUUAUUCUGCGUGUAUGUUACAUUGUUUGCAUUUUACUGAAAGUUUGUAUGAACACUUUUCAUAGAGUUUGUGGCACUGCGUUAUAUAUGUUUUUAUUGCUAGAGAAAUCUAAAGUGGCAAUAUAUCACACAUGGAUCAUAAUAUUACCUGGGACCACCUACAGUGGGCUAAAGUGAAUUGCAAAUUUUAGGCCAGAAUAGUUGAGUUCGGAUAAAUAUCUCUGACUCUUCAUUAACUGCGUUGGUGAUUUUAUUUAUUUUGUAUUUUCUUUGUAGGUGUGUUUUAAUAAUUUGUUUCCUCUCCAUGAAGAAUGGAGCAGACAUAUUAUUUUCUUUUAUACUGUACUGUUCAUCAUUUUCAACCUGUCUCCAAUCAAAUCUAGUGUUACAUCCCAGCACAUGCCAUAAAAGACGUGGUUUCUGUUCCUUUUUAGCCCACAAAGCUAUAUGGAGAGAAGCAAAGUAAUACAAUUUCUAUCCCAAUGAUAAUUGUUACAUAGCCCUCUGCAAGUACCCCAAACAUUGCUAGUUCAGGAAACUUGUCACAUAAUGCUAAGUGGAUUAAUCAGUGUCAUACUGCGAGGUCCACCUCACCUUGCAGUAUGACACCUUGUAAUGGGCCAGCUAUCUAUGCUCGUAAAAAUACAAUCACCAGCAGUGUCCCUAUAAGAAAUUACUGCAUAUUUUAUUUGUCUGUGUAUAUUUUCAUUAUUCAUUGUGUCCUGGGAAAAUGGUGUGUGUGUGUAUAUAUAUAUAUAUAUAUAUAUAUAUAUAUAUAUAUAUAUAUAUAUACACAACAUGCAUGUAUAUGAAUUAAGCUCCAGUGCAGUUUAUGCAUUCAUCAUUGCAGCAAAUGUUCACAGUUCCACGGAAGAAUUUUCAUCUUAUUUAAGUAACUGGUUAGCCAAAUACAUGUAGUAUAUACUUGUGUAAAAGUGCAGUGUUAAAUACAUCUUAAUAAUUGUGGUUUGGGUCAAAUAGUAUCCACUUUAAAUAACUCUUAUAGGUAUUUUUUUUUUUUUAUCAAUGCUGACAUUCUUAUACAGUACACUGUGUCUCCAGAGUGAACAUACGCAAGGAAGCUGUAUAUUGUAACUGUGUUCAGGGACUUGGUUCACCCUAUCUGUGUGCUUAGUUCAGGGACAUGGGCUGUGGUUUUGUCUGUGCCCACUGAUGUUUUGGGAUCCUGGAAUCACAUUGUGCUGACGUUGUACAUUCAAACCCGUGACAUUAAAGCCUUGUGUCCUCCAGGCAGUCAAUGAGUCAUUGCAAUAUGUAAACAAUAAACUUGCUCCUAUUUAUUAAGAUUUAAGAUGGCUUUAUCCAGCAUAAUGUUUGUCACAUACCCCUCUCCUUCCAUUCACUGGCAGUGACCUUGCUUUGAAUUUGUCAGGCCCAAAGUUGAUUGUAUUUGAAGCACUGCAAACUGUUCAAGUUUUAGUACCCCAUUCAUUCCUAGUGCUGUAUAUUUGCAGCAAGAUAUGACAUCCUUUGCUCAUGACCAGAUGCCCAAAUAGUAUGUGUCAUUAUUUUGUUUACAGGUGUUUCGAAAGCUGAUGGCGACCCUCCGCCAAUACCAACUCUAGAAGAUGAGCACCAGGACAAUCUCUUCUUUCCCACCGGACGCACACCUGUCCUGGAGGAAAUCCAUAACCAGGCUCAGGAAGGGCUAAAAUCUUUACAGAGAAGGGGUAAGGGAGAGUGUCUCCAAGUUUUGUUACUCUGUGUUCCAUAUACUUAUCAUUGACAAACUAUUUCUUUAUCACAGACAAACCAUUCAUUUUUAUUUCUUCCAGAGAAACAACAUGGCCACUCUACUGCCUCCCAGGAUGAGAACAAAAAUCCCCAGGUCAGUGUGAUAGACGGCGAGCAAUCAUUGAUUGUGUCGAUUAUACAGAUUUGUCUGCUCUACUUCUAGUCCCUGAAUACAGGGGGAAGUCCCAUUACUUUAAUUUUUAAUACAUUUUAAUGUGAUAGUUUGGCAGCCACUCUUCCACCUCAGACAUUCCAAAUCUUUUACAGAAUGAAAGUUUGCUGUGAUUUUUAAAGGGAUAAUGACCUUUUAUUUCAAUGUUUUUUGGCUUUUAUGUGAAAUCAAUAUAGCAGACUUAGACUUAGUAUGCAGGGAGUGUCAGGGAAACAAUGAAGCAUGGCAACAAUGCACAGGAUAAAAUGGUGUGUGUGUGUAUAUAUAUAUUUAUCUUGGCAUCUAUGAGCUUUAAACCACCUCAAGGGGUUGGUAGAACAGGUGUGAUCCCCAAAUAGCACUAGUUGAAUACUCUCUCCAUUUGAUCAAUAGUUUUUAAUCCUAUGGCUGUCAUGAAGGUUCAACCUGUGUUUGCUGUGCCCAUUAUUGUCUUUAAUGUCCUUAUUAUUUCCAGAGUGAGUACCAACUUUGAGAGUCCUAAUCCAUACCACGGAAAUAUGCCACCUUGUGUAAUGAUUAUUUAAUUUCUAAACCACAACACAUUCUUUAAAGCAGUGCAAUGGUAAAAAAAACUUUUAUGUAAACGAUGAUGCGCAACCAAAGUUACAGCUUGUCUGCAGAACAUCAUUGCCAUGACGAGAUCAGUCGGUACAUCGCUCACUUUAAUACUCCAUUUCCCACGAGCUUACUCAGGAUGUUGUGAGAAUUUGAUCAUGAUUAACCUUUUAGUCCUUACAAUAAGGAAUGUCUGAAUUCUCUCCUUUCUUUCUUAAUGUUAUGACUAUACCGUUAAUUUACUGUAAUAAAUUAUGACCUCACUGCUCAUUGUGUUGGAAAAUCUGUCACACAAUAGUGUUUUGUCACAUUGUAAAUUUAACAUACUAAUCUGUAUUGGUAGUUGCUGACUAUUUGAAUAUAAAAUUGACAAUUUGAAAUUAAAUGUUACUCGUGUUUCUGUACAGCAAAUGGAUUGUAAUGGAGAACUGUACACCCAGAUAUUUCUUCUUUAAAAAUUUUUAAUAAAUAUUUAUACAUAUCUCCUUAUUUCACCAUAAUGUCAGCUCACUUCUUUCUUGCAAUCUUUAAUUGUUCUUUACUUUCAACUUACAGCACACACAUGACAAUGUUGAUAACGGUUUCCGUGCCCGUUCACAUUCCUGCACCACGGAGAAUACAGAUGAUGCUAUGUCUGUUCGAUCAGAGAUGAUCCAACGCAAAGGUGAGACAUGUUGCAGACUGUUGGGGCUCAGGAAUUCACAGUGAGGGAAUACAGUUAGCAGACUUGGGGUAGUUAAGAUAUGCAACUCGGUUUUACUCUGCAAGGGCAAGAGUGAAUAGUGUAAAUUGUAAUGAGCAAUUGGAGAGCAAACAUGAGAUUGACUAAAAUGGGGAUUUAUCUCCUUGAAAACCAAUAGAAAUGUCCUUCUGAUUGGUUUCUGUUUUAGAACUUUGUCCCAGAAUUGUUCUUUAUGCAUAUACUUUGAGUUUGGAUGUGUACAUGUAAUAGUUGGGCAGAGCUAUUAGUGACUUGAAAAUGAAGUAAGAAUGUCAGCUAAACGUACAAUUCCUUGGGAUAGGGAGCUACAAACUUGAAUCUGAUCAAAAAAAAAUGUGUAAAGUCCGGGGGUAAAGCAUAUUCACUGUGAGCUUACCAGUCAUUGUUUGAGUUUUAGGAAGGGAGGUAGCUAAAAUAGUUAGAGAGAAGGGGAAAGGAUUAGCUUGAAGUUCUUCCAAAUCUGUAUGAUGGGACAUAUAUGGGAGAAAUGCAGACUUUUUGUGGUGUUAAUUGGCUACAAAUCAAAUCAGUGUAGCAGAGAUCACUGAGCAGUGGAUAUGUUCGCUAUCUGUUACAGAAUGAAAGCAUAUUUUUUUUUAUCCUCCCCAACAGGCUCUACAUUUAGGCCUCAUGAUUCGCCUUCUGGAAGGUCAGGGAGGAGACGCAAGGAGAAGAGAGCUACUGUAGUUGGAGUCCCACAUCACAUUGCAGCAGAACUGGGUAAAUAAUUUGCAUGAGUUUUCUACUCCAUUUCUCGCCCAUCAAACAAAAGAUUAUGUAGGAUGGAUGCACUUCUGUAAACCUAACAUCUUGACAAUGUAGGGUAGGCAAGCAGAUCCAUAAGUAAGAGCUUACAUAGAACAUUAAGAUGAGCUUCAGCAUUUUCAUUUGGAUGAGGUACCACAAUUGUAUUAUUGUUUUCAUCUCUCGUGAAGCAUUGCAAAUUUGAAAUACUGGACUAAAAUGAUCAAAUGUAAUUGGAACAUAGAUUUAGAUGUGAAAUAUAUAUCUACCAUCUGUCUUAACAUCGUGCAUCCCAUAAAAGCUUUAUGUAUAGCUUCACUUUCAAAGCAGAUGGCAGAAAAUAUUCCACUUUGUAAAGGCAAAGCACCUUCACUUUGCAAAACAUUCAAACAUCCUUUGUAAUGGCUGCCAUUCAAUUGUUCUGUGAAUGAUAAUAAUGGAUGCGAUAUUUCAUGGUUUGUAUGAUUUCACCUGGUUUACCCCAGACUUUAUACAGUUUUGCCCUUCUAGAAUGGGACCAUAGCAAAGACCUUUUUAAAUUAAGUUUAUGUUACUAUGUUAUCAUGUUUGGUAACUAAUAUAGCUCCAGUUAAAGAGAUAAAUAUUGCUUGUUAAAUGUUGUUUUGAAAGAUAUGAUCUAAAUGAUAUCAAUGAUCUUCCACAUGAUGCAUUAUUUGUUAUCACAAAUACCGCAUGAUUUAAAGGUCAGUCUAAUAACCGUCUCCUAUAGUUUUAUGUUUGUAAUUUAUCAGCAUAGUUAUGUACUUAAAUUAAAUGUAUAUAUUAAAAUGUUUAAAAACAAAAUCAACAAUAAUAGUCACAUUUGAAGUGACCUAUGUUUUUAAUAUGUCCUCUUAAUACAACAUAAUGACUGAGGUUUAGCAUACCUGGAGAAAUUCUGAAUCUAGUGCUUAUUCUGUAAUAUCCUGAACAAUCUGUACCUCUUUUCACACUAAAUUCUGCAAGAGAUUGAAGUUCGCUGCUCGUUUUAGUUUGCCAGCAUUGCAUAUUUAUGUAACCAGUUGAGCAACUAAUUUGCUCUUAUUGGCAGAAGGUUGACACUUUAUAUUUCUUUAUAUUUUUGUUACAGUAACUGUAAACAUUAUUGUUGUGCCAAAUUACAUUUAUAAUUUUAUUUUUAUGUUUACAAUCAGGUGUUCAGUCCCGUUCUUCUGGCUCACAUCGUGGAAUCCAUGACUUUUUUGCCAGAGAUCACCAUGUGACCAAAAAUGGAUCACCAGCCCCAGUGGUAAAUGGUAAACUGGGGGCAGAGGAGGGAUUUGUGGUGAUUCCCACAGUGGAUGGUAAACCUAGUGUAACAUUACAUGAUGGAGCUCGUGUCUCUCUCACAACAUUGGAACACACUGAAGCCACUCUUCAGCGACAUAUUGACAGAGUGUAUCAAGAUGACAGCUGCAUUGGAUGGAAGUCUGGACCAAAGAUUUCCCCUUUGCUCAUUCGUCCAAAAUCUCUGGCUGUUCCAGGGAUGACUACACAUUCCCCCCAGAGUGACCAUGUUGGCCCUGUCAUGUGCAUAUCACCCCAGGCAACCUAUAUGUCCAAGAUCAUUCCUAAUGCAGUUUUACCUCCAAUGGUUGAUGUGGUUGCCUUGACUAGUUCUAGUGUCCGAACUCUGAGCAGAUGCAGCCUGACAACAGCCAGCCCAGCAUCUGUUCGUGGAUCUCUGCACAGAGGAAGGGGUCAGUCUUUCUCCAGUGAAAAUUGGAGCCGCUCCCAGUCCACCGAGACUAUUGUUUCAGACUCCUCCACUAUUUCCUCACAUGGAGGUAUCCUUCAGGAAGCCGGUGAGAGGCAUGAAUCCGGUUUGAGUACAGGUAGGGCAUCUCCAGCACCCAGCACAGGCACGCAAGAUGGGUCUGAUGCUGCCAGCCUAUGCAGUGGUCGUUCUUCCAUCCGUAGUGUGUCAUUGCGGAAAAGUAAGAAAGCCCCACCACCUCCUAAGCGAACCUAUUCCCUGCAACAGCAGCGGGAAAUGGGGCUUCCACCCAGGCCUGAGAGAAAGCCAGUCAGUAAGCCCAACCAUUCACGUGAUCCAUGGGUAUUGCGAACAGAAGGGGUGAUGGUAGACAUGGAUGGAGGCAAACUAAGCUCACCAAGCCGUUCAGAUAGAACAUUGUCUCCCUCCAGUGGUUACUCUAGUCAAAGUGGAACACCCACACUGCCUGCAAAAACUCUGAUAGAGUAUCCAGAGUCUCCUGGAACUCGUAGAAAAACACCUCCCAAACCAGAGAGAUCUAGUAUUGUUAAAUCACAAGUAGUUGUGUCAAUGACCUCUCCGUCAUCUACUGAAAAUACUUUUGUUUUUGAAAGCCCCCCAAGAGCUGGCUCUACAAUGGGAGACCAAGAAACACAAUAUGUAAUCCCUCCACACCCAAAGGUUCCUGCUCCACUUUGCCCCCCACCCAGCAAGACAUUGGGGCUUACAGGAAAGCCUGGUGCCACUCCACCCCCAUCUCCACCUCCAUCUCAUCAUCCAACACCACCACCAACACGGAAAUCUGAGUCUGAUGUGGACAUCCCACCUGCUACAUUGGAAGAAAAUACACAAAGGGAUCCUUUGUGGCCUCCACCUCCCCCUGAAGCUCCAGAUGAACAGGAUUUAUCCAUGGCUGAUUUUCCUCCACCUGAAGAUGACAUAUUCUUGCCCCUUCUGCCAUCUUUGGAGACAGAGCCUCAUGCAGACCACAUAUCUGACAAUGCUGGCCAUGUAGUAGAGGGUGAAAAGAAUGAAAAACAUGAUGUUCUGAAGCCUAAUUCUACACCUGUGCUUUAUCUUGCCACAGAUAGCCCAUCUGCUCCAGUACUGCCUUUAACCACAGAGCCCACAGAACCUUCUGUGCCUCCAUCCUCAGUGUCUUUGCUGGCCCCUCCUGAUAAAGAGCCUUCAAAUGAAGUUUUAGGACUCAUAACAUAUAAACCACAUUUUGUAUCAAGCCCUACGUCAACCACUAUACCCACCGGACCACUUAAGCCUGAUGUGCCACUCCCUGCUGCUGUGGACCAAUCUGAAACCACUGUAAAACAAGCUACUUUGACAGCAUUAACUGUAAGCACUGUAUCAGCAUCUGACUCUGUGACUACUGCUCCACAUCCUGUUGCAUCUACUGAAUCUGCCAAUCCACUAGUGCCAGACAAUAUCAGUCCAUGGUCUAAGCCAAGUGUCUUGAGACCAGUCAGUGCCCCAGGGGGAAGUUUUAAGAAGGUGGCAACCCCUAACCAAAUUGUAGCUCCUGCACAAAAAGAAGAUGCAAAUUUGCCCAUUGUCACUCCCUCUCUACUUCAGAUGGUUCGACUACGUUCUGUACAAGUUAGAGGACCACAAGUACACAGCCCUCAACAGACAACUGGAUUCUCUGCUCCCCAGAAACCAAUACGCAAGUCUUUAUCCCAUAGGUCCCCUCCAGGGCUUGACUCUCCAUCAGGGGAAGUUCCUGGGAGUUCUUCCCAGAUUCCAAUAAAACACCCAGACCCUGGGCAUUCUCCUUCUGCACACAGAUCACCAGCUUCUGCUGCUAGCUUUGUGUUUGCUCGAGCAUCAAGGAGGUUUGUGUUUGAGCCUCCCGCAUCCCAGGAGGCUGAGGCGUCCCUAAAAAAGGACUUGGUGACUGAACUUAAGUCACAUGGGGGACCUCGCAGCCCAGAAGGGAAACCCCCAAUUCAGAGGAAGCCUAGCAAGAUCCCCCCACCUGUAGCCAGGAAACCAUCGAUCGGGAUGCCACGGACUCCCACCAGCCCUCAAUCACCAACAGCAGGGAAAAGUGGCAGUAUAUCUAUACCCUGUGGCCCAGGGACAACUCCACCAGUAAAUGGGACUAAUGUAGCUGUGACAGUGGCAGGCCAUGAGCAGCAGCAUGAAAGCCCUGCAGAGAAAGGUAACACUAAUGUAUGCAUACAUUUUACAAUGUUUUACUGCAAUCCUGAAUGCAACCUGAAAGACUCAAUGCUUUCUCUCUAGAGCACAAUCUACUAGACCCAUACAGUCUGUACUGUACAAGUAAUGACACCUCUCAUCUUCACUGGGUUGUUCCUGAACUAACCCUGAAUUCUUUCUCUUGUUUCUGUACACAGCUUGCAUUCCUACACCAUUAUUUAAUUGUGCAUUAUCUGUGGGUAUACUUUUUUAUUGUGAAAUUGCUUAUCAAAGAUUUCUCAAUGAGAAGCCUCUGAAUUUUUCCUCUGUGCGCACAUUCAUGUCCUGACACUCACAAGGCUAGUCUGAUCUGAGAUGGAGCUAAGGAGGUUUGUGAGGGGGAGGCAGGCGCGAUCUAGUAGAUUGCAUCUGCCACUUCUGUUAGCUCGUGGGAAAGACGAGACAGGGGAGAUAUGAUCGAAACAUUUAGAUAUAUAAAGGGAAUCUACACAGUAAAGGAGUGUAUUUAAAAGAAGAAAAACUACCACAACAAGAGGACAUAGUCUUAAAUUAGAGGGAGAAAGGUUUAAAAAUAAUAUCAGGAAGUAUUACUUUACUGAGAGGGUAGUGGAUGCAUGGAAUAGCCUUCCAGCUGUAGUGGUAGAGGUUAACACAGUAAAGGAGUUUAAGCAUGUGUGGGAUAGGCAUAAGGCUAUCCUAACUAUAAGAAAAGGCCAGGGACUAAUGAAAGUAUUUAGAAAAUUGGGCAGACUAGAUGGUCCGAAUGGUUCUUAUCUGCCGUCACAUUCUAUGUUUCUGUGUUUCUAACUGAAACAGGAAUAAACCGCACAGGCUGUUGUACAUCUAACACGUGGGGAUUUACUUAUUGGGCAGCCUGGUUGUAAAUGGAUUUCAGUUCAACAUACAUGUCUUCCUGCAAUUCAUCAAUUAAUGGGCACAUGGCUGGGUCACUGCACAUCUACUGUAAAUUCGUCAUUCCUGUUUUUCUAAGACAAAAAAGUACGAUGCACUACAAUGUAUCAUUCCGGACUCUAUCGUUGAUUUAUAUGGACGCUGUAACAGAUGGAAAAAGAAUGUUCUUCAAAUUUUGACCAUAGCGAUUAUGUUCAUAUUGCAGAUUCAGAAUUAUUAAAGGAACACUAUAGUCACCUAAACAACUUUAGUUUAAUGAAGCAGUUUUAGUGUAUAGAUCAUGCUUCUCAGAUUAUACUGCUCAAUUCACUGCCAUUUAGGAGUCAAAUCAAUUUGUUUAUGCAGCCCUUGUCACACCUACCCUGACUCUAAUUGACAGUCUGUGUGAAAAAAAAAUGGUUUUCACUUUUAAGCAGUUGUAAUAUACCUUAAACAAUUCUCUGUAAAUUUAAUUUUAAUCACAUACAGGAGGCUCUUGCAGGGUUUAGCAAGCUAUUAACACUGCAGGUGAUAAGAAAAUCUAAAUUAAACAGAACUUGCAAUAAAGGAAGGAUACACUUUAGAUGACUCUCUUUACAGGAAGGCUGUGCAAGUCACAUGCAGGGAGGUGUGCCUAGGGUUCAUAAACAAAGUGAUUUAACUCCUAAAUGGCAGAGAAUUGAGCAGUGAGACUGCAGUGACAUGAUCUAUACACCAAAACUGCUUCAUUAAGCUAAAGUUGUUUUGGUUACUAUAGUUUCCCUUUAAAUACCAUACUUCCCUACUCUUUUAUGACUGUUUAUCUUUUAACCAGUAGAGAUUCAUGUUAUUGGGACCAGAAACAAUAUUUUGAAAAGUGUUUUCUCAGGAACGUCUAAUGGUUCCAUGACAAACUGAUUUCCAAAAAUAAAAGUGCAAAAUGACUCAAUUGACAAAUAGCAUAUUUUCUCUCAAAACUAUAAUCACCAUGCAGCAUAUAGAUUACGCUGGUAAGCGAAUGGCUAAGGGAUUUAGGACUCCCUAGAUUUGGCAUUUUCUGGUUAUGGUAUUUAGGUUUUGGAUCAAGAAUCCCAUUCGACUUAGCUGUGUUAGUAUGGUGGGGUGGGGGUUUUGGGUAACUCAUUGUCCUUCAUAUUUUGUAAAAGGGGGAUGCUUCUAUAGGCUUUGAGGCUUGAAGUUACUUGGCUCAUACACAAACAGUUAGGUAGCUAACUAAUGCUUUUUUGUCAGUCAUCAAAUGGUUCUUCUGGCAUUUAGAGCAGGUCACAUGCAAUAGGAUUAGCGGAAGAUGGCAUGCAUUGCUAGGGAGGAUUUUCAUUUUGCAAAGUAACUUCUUUCUUGUCAAGUUUUCUGUGCACUGGCUAGAGCCAGAAAUGAAUUCUGUUGGCUCUUUUAUUGUACUUUACUUCCACAAACAAGAAACCAUUAGACUGUAAAAAGAUGUUUCACCAGUACACAUGUAUUAUUUAUAUAGAAUUUUUUUAUUUUAUUUUUUGGUUUACUAAUCUAUUAAUUGCACAUCCUCUAUAGGUAGAGAAUUUAACCUUAUACUCAUUGCAGGUAGACCAGUUUGAGCUACUAAAUGAGAAAUCUUCUUCAAGCCUGCAGGCAUGGCCUUAUCCAUCGACUAGGUUACAGAGAGAACUCCCCAGAGAGCAGGUCGUGUUGACUUAGACAAUACAUGUAAAAAGUUAUCAUACCAUUUCCUUAGACUCAUCCAUUGUUGUAUAAACAAAGUUUCCAACCUGUCUUUAUGAAUUCUUCAGCAUACCUUUUGCCUUGAAACUUCUUGUUCUUAAAGGGGAACUCCAGCCUGUAACUGAUACAUUAUUUUUAGUGCAUUAUUUAGAUAUUGUAUUAAAAUAUGCAUUAACCACCAGUAUAAAGAAAUAAGAGAAAAUGAUUAGGAUUUUAUGUUUGCUGCAUUUUCACACAGGCUUUUAUUUACCUCUGAGCUGAUCAUCGAAUUCCAUGUUCCAGCAGCUUUCAAUGGCACGUUUCAAAGUGCUGACUCUAUCCCAUAAAUCUCAGUACAACAGAAGAGCAGCAGUUUGCAAGUUGCAGUUGUGUUUUCAGCUUUUAUUUAUGAAGGCUGUAACACGAAUUACAACUCCUAAAAUCUUUUGCUUUGUCCCCUGGUGACUUGUACACCCGUGGUAUUGGAGAACUCUGCAGAGACAGAGUGGGCUUAUUUAUCUGAGACAUCACUAACUAUAUAUAAUAUAAUAUUAGUGGUGCCUGCCUAUUAAUUGCUUGAAUAAUGAAGCAAUAUAGAAUGACAAUGGAAUUUUCCAUUCUUAGCAAACAUCUUCCUAAGACAUCCAGCUAAGAAUAUAUAUGAGUGAGGAAUGUUAAUGACCAAGAGUUCAUAAGUUUAUGGAGCAUAACCAACAGCAACAGACCCCCCCCGCCUUAAACAUCAUUGUGGUGGAUGGCAUGCAUUUCCCAUGAUUUUGUGUUUGUCUGUCUAUUUAAUGUAAGUGCCUAAUAUUGUGCACAUGUAGUUUUGUCUCCAAGUAGUCUUUAAUUUAGUGUUUGCAAGUUUACUGUUAUCAAAAUAUCUAACCUUCAUUUAUGUAAAAUCGUUAUUGCAUUUAAAAUAUUUCUGCCACUGCACCCGUACGUUUUUGACAUUCUGCAUGGCUGAAUCAUUCUGCAUGGCAUGUGUUCUCAAUACGCAGGUGACUUUGCCAAUACCAUGAGAUGAUCUCAAUCGCAUUCCUAUUUUUUUCCCGCACUUAUAAACCAGCCAUGUUUGACCCUGAGCUGACAUUGACAACUUAGACUGUGCUUUCUUUACACCCAUCUGACACCGCACCUACAUCCUGUCCUGCAUUGUAUUCUACCACUCCCACAUUGUCCUAAUGUCAGUAUAUAAUGCAGCUUCUUGUUUUCUUUCAGCCUGAGCCUGUCAUGGGGAAUGUUCAGGGACAUGCAACCUCAGCGACACCUCUAUGAUGCUCUGCAGAAGACCCCUGUACUACUGGUCACAAGAUUUGCCUUAACCGUGGAUAGCCUUGGUAUUUAUGCAUCAACUGGCAAUGGAUUUUACUCAAAUUUUAUUUUGCAAUCUGUUGUUGGACUGCUGUUCCAUGUUAACAAGAACAUGGAGCUCCCUCUGGUGUUAAACAAAAAUACUGCAGUUACAUAGUCAGUAGUAUGGAUCAACAUCUGAUGGGAAAACUACAGCAUCCUACAGUCUUAGCCACAAACUCAUGCGGGACUUUGAUGUAAAUUUCAUUUUUUAAAUUUUUAGUAUAGUUCUUAUUUUUUCAAUCUUUGGCUUGAGUAUCAGGUAGCAGCACUGCCUUCUCUAGUUGAUGCAAAAUGAAGUCAUCUCACUGAUCCUUAAGCCUUGGAAAUCUAGAAAUGCUGGUGUUAAAGAUUAGAAAUCUGCACAGAAGAAUUGUAGAAAUCAGAGCACUUCCCUAUAUAAUGCUGCAGCUUUUUUCUUUUCCCUUCUUUUGAACCCUGCGGCUCUCUAAAAUGUAAACCUAUUGUCUUGGAAGUUAAUGAGACUUUAUCAGAGAUAAAUCUUUGAUAUUUGAGGAUGUAAGCACAGAAUUCUAUCCCAUUUCAUUUUAAACAGACUGAGAGGAAGCAGACAUCCUCUCAAAGUAUACCGACCAUUCUACACAACUUGUGUAGCUUAACAAUAUGCCUUACUGUCAUGGAUAGGCAGACAUAAAAUAUCACCUUAUGAAAGGUCAUUUGUUUCUAUAGGACAAUGACUAGCCUAAAAGCAGGCUGCAUAUCAUGGGGAAUACAGCAGACACAUAGGAGGUGACAGUGUUGGCAAACACUGGUAUACGACAAUCGCAAACGUUCACACUGUAGUAUCAGAUUAUACUCAGGUGUGCCUCCUCAUUUCAUAGUUUAAUAAGGCAUUUAAAUGCCUUUUUGUUUUAUUUUUAAAGUGCCUUAAUCUGGCAGAUUUACCAAGUGCUAUAAAGGUGUUAUAUUGAAUACUUAAGCUAGCUGGUGCCUAUUAAUUGCUUGAAUAAUUAAGCAAUAUAGAAUGACAAUUGCAAACAUUCCUAAACCAUUCAGCUAAAUAUAUAUAUAUAUAUGAAUGAGGAAUGAUAAUGAUUAAGAGUGCAUAACCAAUAGCAACAGAUUUUUCUCUCUCAAGCAUCCUUGUAGUGGAAGGCAUGCAUUUUCCAUGAUUUAUCUUGUGUGAGCCUUGGUCAUAUUUCAUAGCAGAUACUUUCCACUGGUACUACGGACAAUCUAGCAUAACAGGCACAUAGGAAUGUUAUCAUAAUGACACUACAAAAACUAUACAGUUAUGAAAGAUUUUGAGCAUGAAUGUUGCCUUAAUUUAAGUCCUGGAUUUAUUAUAUUUAAUUGCACUCCCUUUUUUAAGGAUUGAAUUUGGUUCUGAAUGUCUACUUUAGAGCUUGUGAAAGCACAAUUCCUAAUUAGAAUCUAAUUUCUGAAAGGUAUAGUUUACUAUGAAGUGGACAACACGAUGUACAUCAACUCUGUCUUUCAUGUAUUACGUAAGAAAAUGCAGGCCUAGUCUAAUGCUCUUUUGUUUGUGGACAGUAUAUGGUGAUAUACCUUAUUUCACCUUGUGAGUGCAUGUAUGCAGUACGUUUAUUGUGCUGUGUUUUGUGGAUACUCUCCAUUUACGUGCGCAAGCUUUAACUCAGCUGAGAACAGUUUAGUACUAAAUUGUAACAUAUGCAGUUUUUCCUGUUUGUCACAACCUGUUUGGACCAUACAGCGAGCAGGGAAAUAAGGGUUAAGCUCAGAUAAUUUACCCUGACUCAGUAUUACAAACCACUGUGCCUAAGAGUAAAACAAAUUCCUCUCUAACUAAACCUAUUGAAUUUUUUUUUUUUUUUUUUUAAAGUCGCUUUUAUACCAACACCAACUCUUUUAGGUUUGAUUAUUGGAUCAUAAGCUGUCACACCAAGGUUUCCCUAUUAUUUUGCAGUAUAUUUAGAUCAGUCACUUUAUAUACACGUUUAACAUAUAUACAUUUACACACACUGAAACGUGGAGGUCUGUGUGAAGCCGCUACAAUAUUGUACCCAGGAGUUUGAGCCUUACCUUGACAUGUAAAAAGAUACACCAGACAAUCUAUAAAUAAUAAUUGUAUUUGGCCUUUAUGGACCCAGGAUAGCCGCAGGGUUGUGGUAUUUUCUUUUUUGGGUACAAAGGGGAUAUAGGAAACCUCAGCUGCAUCUGUAAUUGCCUCUGUAUGCACAAAGUUAAAUAUAUAUCCACAUAUAGGUAUUUAUUUACAUAAACAGAGCUUUUACCGUAUGCAGCCCCCAGAGUAGUGACCAAAUUGUGGUUAUGCUUCUAGUAGAAGAUGUAUAUUUAUCUUAUGCUUUGAUCUGAGAUAUAUAUGAACCAAACAAUCCUUUUAUAAAUGCUGUUACCAAACCAGCUUGUGUCUCAUUCAUUUGUCUUGGUGUGCGGGAGCAAGGCCCUAUGUGUAUAUACCACGUGGCACAAACAAGCAUGUUGUAUGAUAAACAAAGGUAAAUCUUUAUUUUAUUAUUGUGUAACUGGAGAUUGUUCCCAGCAUUAAGGAUUCUGGACAGGCUGUCCUCUAUGUCCAUCAUGUUGGUUGCAUGCAGAUAAAUAAACUGUGAAUCAUCCAUCUGGUUGGUAUCCUCCAGUGUUAAGGUAGGUCCUCCAUGCAGUGCUUUAAGUCUCAGCUGAUGCUCCCUCCUUUCAGCGUCUUGCAGGUCACUGGCCCCAGUUUGGUCCGGAUAUUUUUCUCUUUCCAUUGAGCACACAAAUCGUUAGAAAUCCUGAAGUCGACCUAUAAGUUUG